AUGAAUUCUAGACAUUCAUUGCCUAUAGUCAUUCUUAGAACUGCUUUUAUAACUCCAUUGUUUAUAUUGGGAUGUUUAAGUAUUAGUUUAACUCAAUUUUUAACAUUAUUAAUAUUCAAAAAUAAUCCUGAUGUUAAACAAGCAAUUAUCAAUAAUACAAAGAAUCAUUUUGUCAUUUUAAUAUCUUACAUUACCACAAUUGUCAAUCCAUGUAAAAUAGAGAUAACUAUAGAUGAAACUACAGUACCCAAUUCAGAUCAUUUCACCGUUGAUGAAUCAAAUAAUAUACAUACAAUGUUUCAACCAAAUUCUGUUUUAAUUUCUAAUCAUCAAAUAUAUACUGAUUGGUUAUAUUUAUGGUUUUUAACUUAUACUUCAAAAUUUGGUAAUUCUGUAUUUAUAAUAUUAAAAGAUUUAUCAAAAAUUCCUGUGUUGGGAUAUGGAAUGAAGAAUUAUAAUUUUUUAUUUUUAAGUAGAAAAUGGGAAAAAGAUAAAAUUGUUUUAACUAAUCAAUUAUUGGAAAUUGAUGCCAAUGCAAGAGGAAUGGGACCCGCCAAUGGAGUUCAAUUGAUAGGCAGUAGUUCUACCACAAACACAGAAUUUACUAAAUGGCCACAAGGUUCUAAUGUCAACAAGAUAUGGCCAUAUGAAUUGAUAUUAUUUGCAGAAGGUACGGUUCCAUCAGAUCGUACUACUAAGAAAUCUGCUGAAUUCAUUGCGUCGAGAGGAUUACCACCUUUAAAACAUGUAUUAUUACCUCGUAUUAGAGGAUUAUUUUUAGCGUUAAAAAAAUUGAAAAGUUCAGUAGAAAUAGUGUAUGAUAUAACUACGGCUUAUUCUGGAUUAACUGAAGAUCAAUAUGGUGAAAUUGAAUAUUCAUUGAAAAGAUUUUAUUUGAAAGGUUAUGGACCACCAAAAAUUAAUUAUUAUAUUAAAGGUUGGAAAUUAAAAGAUAUACCAUUAGGUGAAGAUGUUGAUGAUAUUGAUAAUAUUCUAGAACAAGAUUUAAAAAAAUUUGAAGAUUGGUUAUUAAAAAUAUGGUAUGAAAAAGAUAAAUUAAUGGAUAAUCAUUAUAAAUUAGGUAAUUGGGGAGAGUUAAACCAUAAAACAACAAGGUCUAUUAUUGGUGAUUUUAAAUUAAGAAACCAAUUUGAAAUUUUCUUACCAUUUUUAGCUACCAUUGCUACUAUUUUAUUCUUAAGAAUUGCUUAUAUUUUAAUUAGACGAAUUAUUAAUGUAUAG